ACGAAACAUGUCUUUAUCGCUAGCUGCCUCACUGAGCCGGCCUUUCCGAGCCAGCCCUCUUGGCAUUAAGCAUAGCCUUGCGCAAUCCUGCAGUAAACGGCCUCUUUGCACAUUCAGCCCUCGGUUUAACCCCCCGUUUGCAACCCAUGCAUCCAGACCAACCUCCCUGACAAAAAGCGCGCGACCACUGAUUGCCGCGACGCUGGGUAUUGGUGGAGUGGGACUAGGAUUGUCAGUCUUUUCGAAACCCAUCUACUGCGAACCGCCCACGCCUAAGACGGCGGACCUACCACCUAAUGUCGCGGAGGCAUCGUCGACGGACCCGUAUCCUCCACCGCCCAAGUCUGUCCUGAACGUGUACGAACUCACGUUUGGUACCGUUGCGGGUAUCUGCGCCGGCGUCUUCGUCAAGAAAGGAGCCAGAUUCGUCGCGUUCAUGCUGGGAGGCGUCUUCGUCCUGCUUCAGUAUCUUGGAUCUCUUUCCGUCUUGCGGGUGAACUGGUCAAGGGUAGGGUCGCGCUUCGAGAACCUGUUCUAUACCACGGAUGCGACGGGGGUUAAGAAGCCGCCGAGCGUGUAUUCCCUCUGGAAGUGGCUGGUGGAUUUCUUGACUGCUGAUUUCCAGCCGAGAGCCUCGUUCCUUGCAGGGCUGGCGUUAGGUCUAAGAAUCGGUUAGAUAUAUUUGUAGAUCCUGAAAGUUAUGAUUUUGUAGCCAUCAUACGCGAUACACGCACAUCUUACGUGAAUAUGAGAGCAAGAGCAGAUGAAGCCGUCUGCCAGACAAAGCAGGCGAUCCG